GGUCGCAGAGAAGAAGGAAAAAAGAAGAAACAACCGAUAGCGGCUGCAGCCAGGCGUCGACGAUAGAGCCCUUGGACAGUGAACGGCGUUCGGACUGGUCGAGCGGUGUUCAGCGGCGGGCUCCGUGCCUGACGCCGGGAGCCUCCAAAAGGGCCGCAUCGUUAACCAUGGCGCCUGGAAAGCUUCUCGGAAGGCUGCUCAUCGUCGUCAUCGUGUCGCUGUUUGACGCCAUCGAUGACGUGGAUGCAGACGACGGCAUCCAAUGGCUCGGCGACGCUUGCCAUGACGACGACGACUGCCACGACGCAUUCAACCUGCUCUGUGUAAGAGGCCAGUGCAUCUGCAAGCAGGGAUUCGUCUCGGCGCAGUUCAGCUGCCAUCCGGCUUCGCCCCUGGGCGGGGAGUGCACGUACCACGCCCAAUGCCAGUACAGCGACUCGCACAGCGCUUGCGACCUGACGGGACAUUGCGCGUGCGUGGACGGGUUCAGGCCACGCCGGGACACUCUGACCACCAAGAAGUGCGCCGCCGAGGAGGCGGACGACGACGACCGUCAGUAUCCGGACGCUGCUGCGGUGGCGAGACCGCAUGCGAUCACAGGCAUGACAAUGCACUCAAUUCCUCCACUGAUGCGGUCACCACGCUUCUUUCGCCGCCCCAAAAAUAAUCAAAGAAGUAAAGUUAGCGGUAGAAUUCUACCAAUCAAAAUUAUGUCAUAUUUCAGUUAAGAGGAUUCGUUGGUU